AAAAAUACGAAUAGCAGCCAAUUGUGAGUUUGUAUCUACCCUCUCUUUUCAGAUAUUGCCACGUUGUUAGGGUCUAACUUAUCCCUCCUCUCUCUGUCUUCGCAGCUUCAUUGCUUACCGCGCACUACCUCAUCUCAACAACAAACAUACCAUUUUUGGACGUCUGAUCGACGAUCCCACUCCAUCAUCUACCACGCUGAAUAAACUUGAAACACACCCUGUCGACCCAAACACCAAUCGACCUGACCCUGAAAUCCGCAUCAAAGAAGUGACGAUAUUUGUGGAUCCUUUUGAAGAUUUUCUGGAGAAAAAACGCCGGGAAGACGCAACGGCAAGGGGCAAGACUGCAGGCGCAGAAGACGAGAAGGACACCGACUCUCGGCGAGCCGAGGACGACCACGUCACUUGGACAGGGAAGAGAGUUCGUGGUGCCGGCGCUACGGCAGCUGGGGGAAGCUCCGGGGCCGAUGGAGUAGGCAAGUACUUGAAAGCCGCACUUGCAGAGCGUGCAGGCCAGGAGGAAGAUGAGAUUAUCGAGUAUGUGGACGAGGAGCCGGCACCAGAGCCCGCACGGAAGAAGGCUAGGGGGACGGGUGGAUUCGGCGAUUUCAGCUCCUGGUGACGGACUAUGUUUUGUUCUUGGUCCUGCUUGCUUUUUCUCCUGCUUUCGCAUGACUGGAAGAAGCUGGGUUUGUUGGGCUGCAUUGCAUUGACGACUCUCGAUGCCUGUGGAACGGGCUGUUGUAUAUACCAUACCACUACGCAGUUAACCUGGAUUCUGGAUAGGCAUUUCAAAUGCACGGUAGGGGCCUACUGGAGCCUAUUCUGCAUUGUAGGCAGCGAAACCUUGUAGACAAAGAUGAGACGGACUUUGAAAAUGCUCUGAUAAUCCCGCGUUGACGGAGGCUGUCGUCUUACGCGCUGCUGCUGUCUCGUUCUCAUUCUCUCUUCCUUUCACUCUUCUUUUCUCUCCUUACUCGCUUCUUCCAGACACUGAAUGCAGUCAAUCGCUCCUCAUCCUUUCUGUUCUGACCGGACGCUUUUUGGGUCUUCCAGUGGCGGUUCUCCCACACCAGGCAUCGAUCGGCCCCCUUCCCUGACUAAGAGAUCUACAUCCGAGACCUGAUAUUACUGUUACUACGUAUACGUCGGCGUGAGAAGAGUUGCUCCCCUCGCAUCACUUUGUCCGCAACUCGUCGCUCGAAUCUGUCCUUCUGUCUUUCCACCACGCUCUCCAUCGCCGGCAAAUCUCCCAGCUUCAUUCCACGGCCGUUCCCUACUUCUCGCGCCCUUAGAUCCCUCGACGCCCCCCUCCAAUCUCUCCCGUCGCAAUCCCUCUUCGUUCCGGUACAUUUACCCCCUCACUACACUAUACUUUCAAAGCGCUUGUCAACAAUCAAGCUGGCCGGAAAUAAGCGGUUAAGUUUUUCAAGCCAGGGUGGGUUGCUGAACAGAAUGUUCAGUGCCUCCUCCAGCCCACCAAAAGAGAAAUCCGACCCGCUUCCAUCUUCCAACACUGAAACGUCGUCGUCGGCCCCGCAAACCGAGACCGCAGACGCUGACCCCGUUCGCGAAAGGAAGUUCUCUUCAACCAGUCUCUUCGGCAGGAGGUCGAGCGAGGACCAGAGUUCCGGCGGCGAAAGGAAGCGCAGGAGUAGCACCGUCACCAAAGCGGCAACACUCUUUAACAACGCUAAGAACUCAUUUAACAUAAACAGAGACCCGCAGAGAGCGUCCCGGGUUCUGGAACCCCAGCUGGAAGGGCUUGAGACGAUGGACCCUGCGUUGUCCGUCCCGCAAGGGUCAUUGAACAACUCAGCCGGCGAGUCCUUACCCACUCCUCGCUCGUCGUUCCGCGUAGGUGUUGCGGAGGACAGAAAUCGAAAAUGGCGGAGGACCAUGGAGGAUACCCAUUCCUACCUCUACAACUUCUUGGGAACUCCCUCUCCAGGCCUCAAUCUCCAGACAUCUUCUGUCAACGGAAAAGACUCUGUGGGCCCGCUUGAUACAUCUUCCGGGAAUAACACUGACGUCGUCGAAACCGACAACGGGUACUUUGCAAUCUUCGAUGGGCAUGCCGGUACCUUUGCUGCCGAAUGGUGUGGCAAGAAAUUACAUCUUGUCCUUGAGGACAUCAUGCGAAAGAAUCCCAAUCUCCCAGUCCCAGAGCUACUGGAUCAAACGUUCACCAGUGUUGACCAGCAAUUGGAGAAACUACCCGUCAAAAACAGUGGAUGCACAGCCGUCAUCGCUCUUCUAAGAUGGGAAGACAGAGUGCCGAACUCUCAGUCCGCGACUGGUUCAAUCGCUCUUGCACCUGCUGCCGCAGCUGCUGCGGCCUCGAAAGACGGGGGGGAUCCGGAAUCCGGGGAUGCACACGCCCAGACCCUUCCCAAACUACAACAGAAGGCUAUUCGGCAGCGUGUUCUUUAUACUGCCAACGUCGGCGAUGCCCGCAUCGUAUUAAGUCGUAACGGCAAGGCACUCCGUUUGUCUUAUGAUCAUAAAGGCAGCGACGAGAACGAAGGGAAGAGGAUAGCCAAUGCAGGAGGGCUAAUUCUCAACAAUCGAGUGAACGGAGUUCUAGCGGUGACCAGGGCCUUGGGGGAUGCCUAUUUAAAAGAUCUUGUUACUGGCCAUCCGUAUACUACAGAGACGGUCGUCCAGCCUGCCGUUGAUGAGUUUAUAAUCAUGGCCUGUGACGGGCUUUGGGACGUCUGCAGUGACCAAGAAGCGGUAGAUCUUAUUCGCAACGUACAAGAUGCCCAGGAAGCCUCCAAGAUCCUUGUUGAUCAUGCUCUCGCGCGUUUCAGCACCGAUAAUUUAUCUUGCAUGGUCAUCCGAUUUGACGGGGAGCGCCUGAAAGAAGUUAUCGACCGAGUAGUCGAACCUCUCGGCGUGCAUGGUGACCCAUCUACAGACCUUACAAACGGCGUUAGUGAGGCCGACAAGAUAGUUGAAGGCGCUAGGAAGAGCAUGGUCAACGCAGGGAUAAUGGACAAACCCGAAACAGUCGAGGAGGCCCGCAAGAAGAUAAUACAAAAGAUGGCCGAGGAGUCUGGCCCUGAGCUGGCCAUUAACGAUCAGAACAAACCCGAAGUCGACGAUAAAACCACCACAGAUAAAUGACAGGAAUGGCAUCCGGCAGGAUUUGAGUCGUUUCCGUUUCACAUUAAACAAGAUAGAUAGAAAAAUGAUCUUUCCCCCCCUUUUUUUACUUUUUAUGCUUUUUGAAAUUGUGUUCGUUAGCUGGAUGGGAUAAUGGAGUUUGUUUGUCUGAUUUCUCUUGUCUUGUCUCAUGUUUUGCUGAUGUUGGCCAUGAUGCUUUGUCUUGUUACUGUGGAGGAUUUUUGUCCUUGCCCUCUUGAUUCAGAUUUGAAUUAUUAUCAUUAUCCUUCUCUUCACUCUCUCGCUCCGCCAAUUCCCUGGUUAUUCUGGGGCCUCAUCUGGAUUAACUGACGUUCUGUGUACUUUCUUUUUUCUUUUUUAUGCUCUUUUCUCUUUUGCUUAUAGCUUCAUGUAAGUACUUGAUGCGGUUCGCAUGUUCCGUUCCAUCAUGUUCGGGACAAAAGUGAGGCUCUUCUGUUCCUCGUGAACUUGAAUUGAAGGGUGGUUCGCCUUUUGAAGGCCUUUUCUCUUGCAUGUCUGGGUAUGAGGAUGCUAUUAUCCACCUUGUUUAAUUAUAUUAUAGCAACGAUAUACAGACAACUUAUCGUUAGCUUUAUUUAUUGCUCAUUCUCGU